GAGCCGCAGGGAUGCUCCGGGCGCCGCCGGAGCCGCGACCGGGGGAGGCGGAGGCGGAGGCGGAGGCGGAGGCGGAGGCGGCCGGCUGCAGCCCCCGGGCCGCGCGGCCGACCGCGUCCAAGCGCCUCACCUCCUUCUUCAUCCAGGACAUCCUGCGGGACGGCGCAGAGCGGCGCGGCGGCCACCCCGGGCGCCCGCAGCCCCUGCGCCAGUCGGACCCGCGGCGGGACCCCGCGCCCGAGCCCGGGGGAAGACGAGGCAGAGCCGAGGCGCCCGGGGAGGCAGAGACGCUGGCGGAGGCCGGACCAGAUAGGCACUUCGAAACUUAUCUUUUGGACUGUGAGCCCUCUCCUGGCGCCUUACCAAGCCUUCCCCAGACACCCAAGCAGACGCAGAAGCGCUCCCGGGCCGCCUUCUCCCACACUCAAGUCAUCGAGUUAGAGAGGAAGUUCAGCCACCAGAAGUACCUGUCGGCCCCCGAAAGGGCCCACCUGGCCAAGAACCUCAAGCUCACUGAGACCCAAGUGAAAAUAUGGUUCCAGAACAGACGCUAUAAGACUAAGCGGAAGCAGCUGUCCUCGGACCUGGGGGACCUGGAGAAGCACUCCUCCCCGCCAGGCCCGAGGGACGACGCCCUCUCCCGGGCCUCUCUGGUCUCCGUGUACAACAGCUACCCUUACUACCCCUACCUUUACUGUCUGGGCGGCUGGAGCCCCGCUUUCUGGUAAUGCAGCUCAGAUGUCAACCUUGUGUGGUGGGAAAUUGCCUUCCCCAGGGCAGGAGAGACGGAGGUCGGGAGUGCUGAGGACAGAGAGGUGUACACAUCCAAGCUGUUGGAGGUUUGUAAGGAAAUCUGCACUGGUGAGCCAAUGAAAGACUAGUUUAAUAUCUAAACAGUUCCCCCAGUGCAUACUGUAGGGCAUUGUUGCUUUCAGCACCCUGUAGGAAGGGGAGAGGGAGAUGGUCAGGUGCUGUUUACAGCACUUUGCACAGCUUUGGAUGAGCUGUUGGAACUGCUCCUCAGGAUUCCGCCCCUGCAGCUCCUUCCUCUUUGGGUAACCCAGCGUGACCUUGGAAAGGGCCAACCUAAAGUGAGAGAAGAUGUUGCCUACCGAAUUAAACUGAAGUUCAAAGCCCUCUUGUUGGCCUUGGGAUAUGGCCAAGGUCUCUCUGUGUCCCUGUAAAAAUGAGGGCACAUAAGGGUUUCAAAGAACCGCUCUGGGCAUUUGGCAUGGGACAUGGGCAGUGGGGAGGGGUGAAAACAUCAGCUGCUCGUUCCUUUUCCAAAAGUGUGCUCCUUUACGUGUUUACUGGGUGGCCUCAGAAGAACAAGGUGCACUCACCGUGGUUUUUAAGACACGCUGUAUAAACAGGACCAUACUGCAAGGAGUAGGGGCCUGCUAGAAGCUUCUGCUUGUCCAAGACAGAAGCCUAAAGAGCAGGGUUCCUCCACACUCCUUGCUAGGCCAUUGCCUUGUUUAUUACCAAAAAGUGGAGAGGCCUCUGCUAACCUUUUCUACCCUGGUGGGAGAAUUUAGAAUCAGAAGUUCCAGGAGUAUUCAGGCUAGAAUUUGUAUUGCAUUAUGAAAGAGAUGGCAUAUGGGGGGGGGUACGUUUCUUUCUUUCCUCUUUUAUUUUUUGUUCUUUGUCUACAGCAAUCAACAGAAGGACCUCCUUUCAGUCCAGGCUUUUAGUCUGGCUAUACCUAACUUUUACCUUUCUUAUUUACCCUGAGAUUUGAUCUUUUUCCUUUUCCUCCCUCUACCUCCAGCUGAUGUUUCAUGGGUUAAAAAAAAAAAAAAAA